AUGCCCGGCGAAACAAAAAUCGAUGAUUCACAACGUGAACGUCUAGUUUAUUCAUAUUCAUAUACAACCGAUGGUGAUAAUAAUGAAAGUCCUCAAACGAAUACCGUUAAAGUCAUAACAACAGUUGAAGAAGAAACAACACCCGAUGGAACAAAAGUUGUACGUAAGAAAGAAGAAUCUCAACAAGUAUCUAAAGUGACGAAAGUUGAAAAAAUUACACGCGUCCAUCGACAUCUUAUUGAUCCAAUAACUGGUGAAAUUAUUCAAAAAGAUGAUCCAAAAUAUCAAUUGCUAAUUGAACACUAUAAUCAAUCGGGAUUAAAACAUGAUAUAGAUGGUGAAUUUUCACCUAAUUCAUUCUAUUCUCAAUAUGAUACUGAAGCAAAAUUAUUAAGUAAUGGUAUGAAAUACUUUGAUAUUAAUGAUAAAAACCAAGAUCCUUAUUCCAAUCGACAAAUAAUUGUUCCACAACAUUUAAAUGGCAACAGCUAUAAUGAACCAGAGAAUAACAAAAUUAGUACCGAUGAAAAAAUCAUGGGCUAUGAUCCAAAUGAUCCAAAUUUAGUUGAUGAACCCGAUCUUGAUGUCGAAAAUCCAUAUGAAGGUUUAGGGCCUGGCCGAUCUGAUCCAGUUAGUCGUGUACUUAUGCCAACAGCUGGACGUCAUUCACCCGAUAGUAUUGGUCAAGCUCCCCCUGGUUAUGGUGAAGAAUAUGGAACAUUUAAGUCUGUGUAUGCGCCAUAUGGUUUGAAUGAAGAUGAUUACUCAUCUAGAAGACGAUCGCCGUCGAUUGAUACAGAAUUUCGAGAACAACAUUGGCGUGAUCCUGAUUUAGAAGAAGUUAUUGAAUAUUUGACUCAUAAAAAUGAUGUUAUUAAAGAGAAUGCUGCUGCUUAUUUACAACAUUUAUGUUAUAACGAUGAUAAUAUAAAAUCGAAAACACGCUCAUUAAAUGGUAUAACCUAUCUAGUUGCUCUGUUAAAUCAUGACAAAGUUGAAAUACAAAAAAAUGCAUGCGGUGCCUUAAGAAAUUUAUGUUAUGGAAAACGAAAUGAUGAAAAUAAAAUUGAAUUAAAAAAUCGCGGUGGUAUUCCGGCUCUAAUUCAUCUUCUACGUCGUACACAAUAUGAAGAUGUUCGCGAGGCUGUUACAGCUGUUCUUUGGAAUGGAUCAUCGUCAGUACAUUUAAAAGGACAAAUACUCGACGAAGGAUUAAAUGUACUUGUUAAAAAUAUAAUUAUACCAUUUUCGGGAUGGGAUGCUGAUAUAAAUAGGCGUUUAAAUCCACAAGGAAAAUUUCCGCCAGUAUUUAAAAAUACAACUGGAAUAUUGCGUAACUGUUCAUCAGCUGAUUAUGAAGGUCGUCGUAAAAUGCGUGAAUGCGAAGGCUUUAUUCCUUCGCUUCUUCAUGCCGUUAAUUCAAGUCUUCAAUCUUUAAAUGAAAUCGAUAAUAAAUCUAUUGAAAAUUGCAUGUGUAUAUUACGUAAUCUAUCAUAUAAAUUACAAGAAGUGAUUGAUCGUGAUUAUGAUCGAAAUUAUCCAACAAAUAUGAAUGCAACGUCAACGUACACGACGAUACCAAUACCAUCGAAUGACAAGAAUAAAAUAAGUUGUAUGAGUUCAAAACAAAAGAAAACGAAACAAAUUUCGGAACCAACAGGCAAUAACAUUUAUGCUGUUGUGCCACCACGACAAGGUCGACCCGUUGAAAUGCUUUGGCAACCUGAUGUUAUUGUUACAUAUGUACAUCUUUUACGGCAUAGUAGUAAUCCGGAUACACUUGAAGCAACAGCCGGGUGUAUUCAAAAUCUAACUGCUUGUUACUGGAAACCAUCGAUUGAUUUACGUGGUGAAGUACGUCGAGCACGAGGCCUUGCUGAAUUAGUUGAUUUAUUACGUGUUGAUGAAUGCGAUUCUGUUGUCAAUGCAUCGGCUAUUGCGUUACGUAAUUUAGCGAUUGAUCCGAAAAAUUGCGAAGUUCUCGGUGGAUGGGCUAUAAAAGAACUUGUCGCUAUUCUACCUGAACCACCAGAACAAACAACCACUCGACGUCGUCAUUCGGAUGAAACAAUUGCAUCGGUACUUGCUGCACUGAAUGAAAUCAUUCGAAAUAGUGAUGUAAAUGCUAAGAUUCUAUUUCAAGAACGUGGUUUCAUAAAAAUGAAAGGCAUAAUGAAUGUUAAACCUAAUACUUAUAAUUCAAAAGUUGUUAAAUAUACUGCACAUGUGCUUAAUACAAUGUAUAAACAUAAAUCGCUACAUGAUUUUUAUAAACAAAAUGGUUACAAAGAAAAUGAUUUUGUUAAUCAUCGUUCUGUUAAUUCAAAAUCAUUAACAUCAAGUCCACAAUCAACACUACAUAGACCAAGAGGUGAUAUGGGUCAGCCAACACAUUUUACAAAUAAUGGAAAACAAAUUACUCGUCCACAAAGAAGUGAAGAAUAUCGAAUGCAAAAAUUAAAUCAAAGCGCAGAUAAUUUAUCAAGAACAUACGGAAAUGGAACAACAUCACCUCAUUACGAUCCACAUGCUGACUUAUAUGCAACUGUUCAUAAAAGCCGGCCACAACAAGUUCAACCAGUAACUUGGAAUCAACUUGAACAUGCUUCCGCAUCCCCUGAUUCUUGGGUUUAA